CAGGUGUUACGGCAUUUUGAGGCCACGACGGCACAGGAGCAAGCGCCUCUGUCACUCAAACCAAUAUUUAAUUCCAACAAGUGGCUACUAACCAAGUUUUUAAUUUCUGACUUCACCCAGCACCCACGACUGAGCCGGGCUUCCUGGAUAGGCCGAGAACUCUCCAUCUUUAAGAGGGAGACACAGAGGAUUACAGCAAAUUAUCUGGGAUCCAGUCGGACACUGCAAGUGUGAAGAUGAAUUCCGCCAGAUAUGAAUACUACGACCGGAACGGGCCACAUGAAAGGGUUGACUUUUUAACCAAUAAAGAAAAAAUGCCACAAAAGCAGAAGAUCGGGAUUGUGAUUGGGGUCGUUGUGGGGGCUCUAGUCCUGGCAGCAGUAGCAGCCUUCCUCAUUUGGCUGUUUAUCUUCAACAAGACCGAGUCAGAGGCCACCCUUAGUAAGAUACAAGGCCCAGCAGCUCAGGUGUUCAGCGGGCAUAUGAAGCUGGCAAACAUGCCAUAUAGCCAGAAGCUAGAGGACACCACCAGCAAGGAGUUCCAGGAGCUGGCUGACGACUUGCAAGAAAUUUUGGAGAGAAACUACAAGAAAGACCCAUUCCUCGCCAGAUACUACUCCAAGUCUGUGGUCACCGCAUUCAGUGAGGGGGUGGUAGCAUACCACUGGACCGAGUUUAUUAUUCCUGUCAGUGACCUGGAGAUCCUGCCGGAGUUCUCAGAGGAGCGAGUCCUAGAGACACUGUGGAAUGGCAUUAAGGAGCGGGGCAAAAAUACCAAUCAGGAUAUCAGGAUCACUGAAGUGACGGCCUCACUCACAGACCCUCGGAUGGCCAGGAACCCCAGAGCCAAGGAGUGUUUCUACCGUCUGGAGGCUGAACAAACGGUGCAGACUUUCAAGUCCCCAGGGUUCCCAAUGAAGUAUCCCCCCAGGUCCCGAUGCCAGUGGCAAAUUCGAGCCCCAGAGAAUAAUGCCAUAUCUGUCAGGUUCCCUGAGUUCCACAUAGAGGAUGACUGCUCUAACGACUUUGUCUCCAUCUACGACUCUUUGAGUCCAGAUGACUCACAAGCCAUCACAGAGAAGUGUGGUCAGAGGCCUCCCACCAACCCCCUGGAAGUUGUGUCUUCCGGUAACAUCAUGCUGAUCAACUUGAUUACAGAUAGUGCAAUCCAGAGGCCUGGCUUCCGUGCUGAAUAUAAAGUGAUCCCCAUAUCGACAGCUAAGUCUUGUGGAGGUCUCCUCACUGAGAGCAAAGGUGUGUUCCAUUCCCCACAUCACCCCAGCUUCUAUCCCCCUGCCGUGGACUGCAGGUGGACCAUCAAGGUUCCUGCUGGGAAAAAGGUGCGCGUGAAGUUUAUCAUGUUUCGUAUGAAGGAGCCUGGGGUGGACGUCCGUGUGUGUCACAAAGACUAUGUGCAGGUUAUGGGAAACAAAUAUUGUGGGGAGUUGUCCUCUCUGGCCCUGACCAGCAAGACUAACACAAUGGACGUGAUCUUCCACUCCGAUGAGUCCUUCACUGACAAAGGUUUCAAAGCAGAGUACAGCGCCUUUGAUCCUGCCAACCCUUGUCCCAACCAGUUUGCUUGCUCCUCUGGGAUCUGCAUUUCCAAAGACCUGCAGUGUGAUGGCUGGAAUGACUGUGGCGAUAUGAGCGAUGAGAUGAAGUGCAAGUGUGAGAAAGACCAGUUUGCAUGUGACAAUGGCAUGUGCAAGCCUAAGUACUGGGUGUGUGAUCGUGUCAACGACUGUGGGGACGAGAGCGACGAGAAACAGUGCAGUUGUGAUGACGACGAGUGGCGCUGUGGGGAUGGGACUUGUGUGCCUCGCGACGUUGUGUGUGACACUAAGAGGGACUGUGAUGACGGGAGCGAUGAGGCCUCUUGUAAAGUCUCUCCAGGCAUCUGCUCUGAAUUCAGCUUCAAGUGUAAGAACAGCGACUGUGUCAAUAAGGUGAACGCCGAAUGCGACCGCGUCGAAGACUGCUCCGAUGGCUCCGAUGAGCACGGAUGCAAUUGUGGCAUCAGGCCGUAUAAGCUGAAUCGCAUUGUGGGAGGGGAGAAUGCCGAGCUGGGAGAGUGGCCCUGGCAGGUCAGCCUUCACUUCCAGACCCGAGGGCAUGUGUGCGGUGCCUCAAUCCUCUCUGACAAGUGGCUCCUUUCUGCUGCCCACUGCUUCAAGACAACGGACCCUCAGAACCAUGUGGCAUCCAACUGGCAAACCUACAGUGGCAUGCAGGACCAGUACAAGCAUGACGAUGUACAGCGCCGUGAAUUGAAGACCAUCAUCACCCACCAAGAUUACAACCCGAUGACAUUUGACUAUGAUAUUGCAUUGCUGGAGCUUAGCGAGCCACUGGAGUUCACCAACACCAUCCACCCCAUCUGCCUACCCGCCCGCACCCACGUCUUCCCUGCAGGCAUGCCCUGCUGGGUCACAGGCUGGGGCACACUCCGAGAAGGAGGUCAAACGGCACGGCUGCUGCAGAAGGCAGAGGUGAAGAUCAUCAACGACACGGUGUGUAACGUCGUCACGGAGGGCCAGGUCACCUCCAGGAUGCUCUGCAGCGGCUUCCUAGCUGGAGGAGUUGACGCAUGCCAGGGAGACUCCGGGGGCCCCCUGGUGUGCUUUGAGGAGAGUGGGAAGUGGUUCCAGGCUGGCAUUGUGAGCUGGGGUGAGGGCUGCGCUCGUCGGAACAAGCCCGGUGUCUACACGCGUGUUACCAAACUGAGAGACUGGAUCACCGAGAUAACAGGGAUUUGAUGAUGUUCGGAGACCCGGGAUGCAGUGUGGGGAGGUGUGGGGGGGUUGCAGAGGGAUCGACGUCAUAGUGCUAAAAAUACUGGAGACAAACUCACUCUGGGGACAUUGCUACAUGGACCCAGCUUCUCACAUGAACAACUUAAAACACUUAAGUUGGGUGGCCCUUCCCAUCACAUACAUAUACACACACAGACCCGCAUGUUGUACGGUUUUUAUUCCAACUUUAGAGGUUCAAAGUAGCACAGACUCUUGUGCCGCUAUCAAUCAUGUCAUGUUUUUAGUGUAAAUAACAAAUAUGUAUACUAUGAGCUGUUUAUUUCUCAUAUCCCCCGUUCAGUGUACCUUCAUGCUCUUUUAAGGUACAGGUAUUACAUGCUUGAUAAAUGGGUGCACAAACUGAAAGAUUUUAUAUAAUGUUUUUAAGUUCAUGUUUCAGAUUAGUAUUUUAGCCCUUGAAAAAAAGUCCAAUUAUGUUUUUAGGCCAUAAUAAAUUAACUAAAUUAUCUAUUUAUAAACAAGUGAGUUGCCUUCAUCGUCUCAGGGUGCAGUGAAUGUUGCACUUGCCAGUAGGCUCAUACUGUAGAUAGCUAUAGAUUGGGGUUUGUAUAUAUCAGAUAUUUUAAAAUAGGAGUGCUGAUCUGAAAUGAGAAUGACCUUGAAGUUGUGGCAGCUUUUCUGUGGUCAUGUGAUCUAAACAAGGGGCCACAGAUCAGUACUGCUAUUAUACGCGUAUAGAUGCUUACUUGCCUUGCCUGCUCUGUGACCACGGUGGAGUGAUCUUAUAGAACUCCAUAUUCAGAGCAGCUUAGAUGGAGGAUUAGAUCCAAAAGGCUUUUGCACAGGUCUCUCUUUGCCUACUGCACUCAGGGUGAUGGGGUCUAAAGUCCCACGCACCUGGGAGCUCAAGCAAAUCAAUGGGGUUUUACUGGUUGCCAGAGCGAUGCAGUUUUUAUCCCUAUGAGAGUUUCUUCUCACAGCUUGCAAGUGACCCUGUCUUUUUUUUUUUUCUUUUAUCAAAAUUUUGAUUGGCUGGUUAUUUGACCCUGUUUUUUUUUUUGUUUUUUGUUUUUUUUUUAGGCCGGAGAUGAUAUAUCCUUGUUACACAAACCAAAGAUUUAGCAGAAGUAUUACAUAUUGAAGAGAAUAAAUUAACAGUGAUGAGAGGGCAUUGCUCGGUGGACCUUUUUAUUGAUUCCAUAGAGCUUUACAGUUGUGCCGCGCAAGUGUAAAUAUGUAUUUUUCAGAAAAUAGGUUCAGAAGUAGGUUUAGGGGCCAGACAUUUUAGAUAGAAGAUAUUUUCAUGAACGAUGUACACUGUGACUGUGAUUUGGAUUAUUGUUAUAUUCUCUCUACAAUGUGCUUGUUUGUAUAUGUUUUUAUAUGAAUGAUGUUUAUGAUAAUAAACAUCCUUU